GUGAGGAGAAAGCGGAGCGGCAUGGAGGGCCAUCCCCUCCUCAACAACCCCCGCUUCCCCCGUCCGGGCCGAGGGGCAUUGAUCAGGUAAUAGGGCUUCCGGACCACAUUGGCCCCGAAGGCUUGGCCAGCUGAUGCCCCGCAGGGAGAAGACAGACAGGCCGCUCGUGGAGGCAGCAGGCGCUCGGUGGCUGAAGAGAGGAAGAUGGGAUAGGCCAGGCACGGCUCAGUCUCUCCACCCAGUUCCACGGUUAACAUGACAACUGGCUGAACGUGCCUGGCUUCCAAGAGGAAAACUGAAGCCAGCAGAGUGGGGGGGAGGGGUUUUGUGCCACAUCCCUCCCCCCCCAGGACUCCUCCCCUCCGGCCCCCCCCCCCCCCCCCAAUCUGCGAGUACACUCCUCCUCGAACUUUGGACUCGGGUAAAGGAGCAGCAGGGAGAGCAACAGGCCACAUUGGUGCAGAUGGGUUCAGUUCCUGCUUCUCUGGGAAGACGAGAGCUUGCGAGGAUCCCAGAACCCCAGACGAAGAGGAUCCAGGUGGCGAAUGCAGAGAAGCUGCCCACAAUCUAGGUCCAUGGCUGCCGUCUGAGCCGGCGUCUAGGCAGAAGUCCCUCAGACGGAGGGCGGGGGGGUGCCGAGCAGAGGAGGAGCGGCGGGAGGCCCCCCGUCCCUAGCUGCCAUCCCCGCGCCCCGCUCCCCGCCCUGGCCGCGGGGCCAGGAUGCUGAAGAAGCAGCCUGCGGGGCUGGUGCUGUGGGGCGCCAUCCUCUUCGUGGCCUGGAACGCCCUGCUCCUCUUCUUCUUCUGGACCCGCCCGCCGCCCGGCGGCCUCGGCCCGGCCGCCCCCUUCGCCGACGACCCUGCCAGUCUAACCCGCGAGGUGAUCCGUCUGGCCCAGGACGCCGAGGUGGAGCUGGAGCGCCAGCGGGGGCUGCUCCAACAGAUCCGGGAACACAGUGCUCUCUGGAGCCGGCGGCGGGCCGGACCGGCGGCGGAGGCCACGACGGGCGGCCCCCCGGCCCGCCCGUCCCCCACCCCGGCCCCCGCCGCCCUCCCGGUGCUGGUGAUCGCCUGCGACCGCAGCACGGUCCGCCGCUGCCUGGACAAGCUGCUCCACUACCGGCCCUCGGCCGAGCGCUUCCCCAUCGUCGUCAGCCAGGACUGCGGGCACGAGGAGACGGCCAGGGUCAUCGCCUCCUACGGCGACGCGGUCGUGCACAUCAAGCAGCCGGACCUGGGCGACCUCCCCGUGCCCCCCGAGCACCGCAAGUUCCAGGGCUACUACAAAAUCGCGCGCCACUACCGCUGGGCCCUGAGCCAGAUCUUCCGCACUUUCAAGUACCGGGCGGCCGUGGUGGUGGAGGAUGACUUGGAGGUGGCCCCGGACUUCUUCGAGUACUUCCAGGCCACCUACCCGCUGCUGCGGGCCGACCCCUCGCUCUGGUGCGUGUCGGCCUGGCACGACAACGGCAAGGAGCAGAUGGUGGACGCGGCCCGGCCCGACCUGCUCUACCGCACGGACUUCUUCCCCGGCCUGGGCUGGCUCCUGCUGGCCGAGCUGUGGGACGAGCUGGAGCCCAAGUGGCCCCGGGCCUUCUGGGAUGACUGGAUGCGGCGGCCCGAGCAGCGGCGGGCGCGGGCCUGCCUGCGGCCCGAGAUCUCGCGGACGCUCACCUUCGGCCGCAAGGGGGUCAGCCACGGGCAGUUCUUCGACCAGCACCUCAAGUUCAUCAAGCUGAACCAGGGCUUCGUGCCCUUCUCCCAGCUGGACCUGUCGUACCUGCAGCGGGAGGCCUACGACCGGGACUUCCCCGCCCGGGUGUACGCCGCCCCUGUGCUCCGGGUGGAGGACCUGCAGGCCAACCGGCAGCGGGAGCUGGGGGAGGUGCGCGUGCAGUACAGCAGCCGGGACAGCUUCAAAGCCUUCGCCAAAGCCCUGGGGGUCAUGGACGACCUCAAGUCGGGCGUCCCCCGGGCCGGCUACCGGGGCAUCGUCAGCUUCCUCUUCCGGGGCCGCCGGGUGUACCUGGCCCCACCGGAGGACUGGGCCGGCUACGACCCCAGCUGGAGUUAGCGGUCGGGGGGAGGGUUGGGUGGUGGCCCUUCCCCCACCUCCCCCUGCCGCGGGAAGAGCCGGGACCCUGGGUUGGAUCUCCUCCUUCUCCUCCUCCUCCUCCUCGGUGGUUCUGUUUUCUCAUCCUUAUCGUUGCUGUUUUUCUCCACCCUUUCCGAGAGGCAUUCGAGUGCAUCUUCUCCCCCGGGAUGCGGGCAGGGAGGGUUGGGGGCCACAGGCCAGAGCUCAUCCAAGCGGGGAGGAGGAUCCAGCUGGCUCGCAGCCAGGGAGACGGCGCAUCCUUCGUGCUCUGGGAUAUUGUCUGUUUCCACUCCCUGCCUGAGAACCUGUACCCUCUCCCCGCCAAGGGCCGGCGGGGAGGGGGCUAACAGCCCGGCUUUCUCCCUCCAGCCUCCCCUUUGGGGGUCCCCCCUCAGCAGUCCUGUCCCUCUCGUCCUGGGCUCACCCCAUCUCCUGGCUCUGGGAGGCAGAGCUGCAUGGUCUCCGACCCCCAGAGCCCGGGGACCGUGACUGUGGCCAAAACGAGACACCAAAGGGAAAUUGGGCUUGGGUUGUUCAAUAUUGUCAUUCGUUUUUCUUUCUCAUCUCUGUCUCCCUUACGUCUCUUACCGCCAUCUGCGUGUUUUGAGGCCUCCUCUGUUUUCUCUUGCUCCACCCGGAGCCUCACCUCCGUCUCUCUACCCCUGCUUCAGUCAAGCUCCCGCUGGCUUUAAAGAAAAGAAAUUUGGAGGUGGGAAGGGUCUUUCCAGUCUCUGGUGUGGUGAGGGGAAGGGUGAAGAUGGGGAUAUCAUCUUCAUCUGUUCUCAGUUCCUCCCAGUUGCUUUUGACAUGACUGGAUGGGGACUCUGGCCAAGCCUGGGGAAGAGGAACCAGAAUCCUCUCCCCUUCCCCCCUCAACAUACACACUCCCGCCCUCUCCAACCUUUUUCUCAGAAGAACAGGGCUGAGGCACUUUAGCCGUUCACUCGAGGAGCUGCUUCCUCUUCUGGGACUGACGUGGCUGGACUCCUCUCCCCCAGCAGUGGAAUCCUGGAAAGUGGGGAAUGGCCAUCUGCAACGCCCGUUCCCCCACAAAACACCUCAACCUAGCAGACCAGGUGGGGCCUACUGGGCUAAUGCGGGGGUAGCUCAUGUCUGUUUUUUUUGUUUCUUCAUUCCUUCCUGACCUUGGCUCCAUGGAAGAAAAUUUGAAGGUGCAGAAUUAUUUUCCACAAUAAAAUACAGGCCGACCUAA